CUCUUUAUCUGCUACUAUUGCGGUACAGUAGUAGUACCACAUAGAUCCCAUUUUUGCAGAAUUUUGCCCAUCCUCCCCUCCGUUUGUUGAAAGGUCUUCUAUUUGAGCCAAGGGCUUCUCUCGCAGAAUCUGGAACAAAAUAUCCUUGUUCGUGCAGCCGACCCUGACCAUACGCCUGACCAGUGACGCCAUUGCUAGUACGGCGCAAUACUGUCACUAAUUAAUUGUUAGCUUGUUCUCGCUGUCGCUUUAUCUCCUAAUUCCCUUAUGCGAGGCCAUGCGAGGCCCCUGUUCAGCCCUGCUUUCCAGAAUUGUAUAGGCCAGCAUUUCGACAUUCCGGGGACCAUGCUCUUUUGUCCAGGCCAACCGAAACCAUGGUUCUCUCUUUGUUGCCGCAAUGGAUCUUCGCCGAGGAACGUUAUUAUAUCUGUUUCAUAUAUCCGAGCCACAUAUAACGUAGCGUCUGGCUUGACUUCUCCCACCAAUCUAGUCAUGGGCCUACCGAUAUUUAGGACGCGAGCAAAGGAACGGAACUCUGUAUCAAUAUUUGACUCGGUAAAAUCAAUUCUCUCAUCCUCAUCAUCCCGCAUCCGGGCAAGGCGUCGAUUGUCUCCAGCUUCGCCAUUUGCCGUCGACCAUCCUAUAUACCAUCUUCCGGCAGAGAUUCUAGCCCGCAUCUUCACCUUGGGCUCCCGGUCCGACACCAUGUUACCCGUGGUAGUAUCGCAUGUGUGCUCUGCAUGGCGGUUAAUCGCGCUGCGCACACCCCGCAUGUGGAGGUGUAUCGACAUCGACUUUCGCGAAGCGAUGUGGCGUGAACGAAUGAGGAGAGCGAGAGCCUGUUCACUCGACGUCAGAUUGCGUCUGGUCCCUGUAACAGGAUCCAUGUUCUUGGAUUCCGACUCGGUACAAUGGAGGAUGUACCUGAUUUUGCCGUUUGUCCAUCGAUGGCGGACUCUGGAGGUUUUUUUUGACCAUUAUUCCCCCUUCUUGUGGAAUGCUGCCUUGUCAGAGUGCUGCUCUGCCAGCGGGGUACAGGCGACGUCAUUGGAAGAGCUGACACUUGUGUAUCCCAUGAAUGACGAUACCAAAGAGUUUACUCUCUUUUCUGGCGUUGCACCUCGCCUUCGUCGAGCGACAGUCCAUGGUAUUCGGCUGACAUGGCUUCCUUCAUUGUUUCAGAACCUCAUAUCCUUACAUUACACACACCAUGGCUUCACGUCGGGGCCUCAAGCUGUCAAGGAAAUCACUUCGAUCUUGCGAGUUUCAUGUCGACUGGUGGAGUUGCAUAUUCUAUUUCCCAAGAAAGCGCACCGUUUCGUCCAGCCGGAAUUGUAUAAUCCUUCCCCUGGCCGUCGGAUCUCUCUGCUCUCUCUAGCUUUUUUGCACCUACGGGUUGAAGGCGGAGAUAUUCCGCUGGAACUCUCGUACUUGGCGGCUAAAUUUCACACGCCGAAUCUCAGAUACCUCCAUCUAUGUGACGCAAACUAUCGACAGAAACCUUAUACUACCCUUCCUCUUUUUCGUCGGUUGUACACUGUACCAACGAGUCUGCAAGAAAUCUACUGCGAUAAUGGUUGGCGCAACCCUAUAUAUUUUUAAUUUAUAUAAGAUUUUUAUGUAUUGAACGGACCAUGAUGCAUGAACACUAAACUCUAAUGACAACAAUUCCCAGCGGACACUAGUACUUGAUGCAUAAUGAACGGUCUGAUCGGUCAUUGAUCGAGGAGAGAGCUCCGUGUUAAUGAAAUAACAUAACUGCUGAUAAGUAAAAGAUCUGUCAGA